CCGUUGCGUAGGCUUCGGCGAAAAGGGCCUGUUACGUGCGUAUCUUCCACCCCGGAUCUAACCAUUAGUCACGUUUGAUUUGACGUGCAAUGCAAAUUAGUGCAGGCUGAUGUACACACAGACCUCAUGCCCUUGUUCUUGUUAGCAGUGGGUUUUGCGCUAGCUUCUUUUAUUUAUGGCAAUAGGUUCUUCGGAGCUCAGAAAUGCCAAUUUUGAAGCCUAAAUUCAUUCCUUACGCGAGUUCUGCAACUCCAGAUAGAUCGAUGGAGAUCUAUACAAAGAGAUAGCCAUUAGAACGUAUCAAGCUGCCAACCGCAUCAUGUGCGCGUUGUUUUGCCACAUUUGUUUCUCCCAUCAAAUUCCCCCAUUCCCGCCGGUCAGAUGUUUAUUGUUAUGAUUCCAGACCCCCGGAGAUCGGUUUCGUGCGCGAUCGGAACACACCCUGCAGCAGCCGCCAGCCCGCCUGGUCAUAAAAUGUUUUCCCACAACAACAAAAAAUGAGCAUUUGCGCCCGUGCUGGUAUGCUGCUGGUGGUGCGCACAUGGAAAGCGACCCCUCCAACAUUUCUUUUCUCGCUCGCGCGUGUGUGUGCGUAUGUCCCAGAGUGUGCAUGACUCGAGCAGUAAGUCACACAUUUUCCAUCCAGCCCCUUUCCGGACGUGCGUUACACAUUUUCGAACCCAUAUCAUGGGGGUGUUGAUUACAGUUUCGGAAAAUUCUCACCACAAUAGGCAGCAGCAGCACGGCACAAAGGCACAAAUGGAAAGGGGAUCGCUUUACGAGCCGACGCCGUUACGGGACGCGAAACCAGAUACGCGCUGGAAGGGUGCACGAAAAGGACACGAACACUUGCUGUGCGUUGAAGGCGAAGCCGGAAAACCCCGACGCACUUUUUUCGCUAGCGUGCCCAUGCAUAAACAUUUCCAAGCGCGCCUGGAGACGCUCCUGCUUGCGCUCUCUCACCCACACGACACCAGCCUGUUUUUCCGGACACCAGUGUUGGCAGAUCCGUCGUCGUCGUCGCACACAGGUCGGAAAAUCACAAAUUUCCACCUCAAGAAGUUUGCACCGCCACAAACUGUGUGCGCGCGCCCCGCCAAAUCUCCCGGCUCGCCCUUUUUUCUCUCAUUCUCUCUCUCUCUCGAUCUUUUUCUCUCUCCUGUAAUCCUGCUCGCUUUUUCCAAAACACACGCGCAAUCGCGUGCGUAUUUUCAGGUGUUUUCCCUUUUUCGCCUUUUUCCUUUUUCUCUAUUGCACUGGUUCAGACCUUGGCACAAACAACAGCCGCCGCGCCCCAUCGUUUCCCCUUCUGUGCUCUACUCUAUUGCGCUGCAUCAGUUUCUUCUCUCGUUUUCACGCUCACUCGCUCGCUUGCGCUCUGCUUCCCGUUCGUUCGCUCGCUCUCCCUCUCUCUCUCUCUCUCUCUCUCUCUCUCUCUCUCUCUCUCCCUCUCGCUCGGGUCGGCAGCCGUCAGCGUGUCUCGUUGUCGUUUCGUUGUGUUGGGGUGUUUUUUUUUUUCGGCUCCGGAAUUCGAUGCACUUGCGGGCCCCGUCCACCGGAGGUUCGCCGUAACGCGCCAACACGACGGACCGCUCAGUAACGCUAGUGCCCGUUGACGCGCGUGACACGGAACGGUUUCUCGGAGCUCGGCCGCCAGUCACCAGAGGCACCAGCGGCGCCCGAGUGUGCAGUGUGUCUGUUGUUUGUGUGAAAUUGUGUACGCGGGUCGUGCUCGUCGUGCUCCUCUGCAGCAGUAGCGAGGGCCUACCAGUCGUGCAAAAACACCGCCGUCUUCGCUCGUUUACGUGCCUUAGCGGGGCUUUGCCGUGGUUUUCGUCCUCCCGGUCCCCACGGUGCGUGUGUGUGUGUGUGUGUGUGUGUGUGUGUGUGUGUGUGUGUGUGAGUGUUCCGGCCGGCCCCGUGGGUGGUCCCGUAUGGCCCGCAAUCAACGCCUCGAUCAAACGUUACUCAAGCGAAGAAUCAAGCCCGAAGCGAAUCACGGGAACACUGCCCCAAGUUCAGCAUCCUUAUUUCCCACACGCAGAGAGCGAGGCGAACGCACGGCACCCAGUGUAUCUAGCCUGUGCGCGCUAGAAAGUGAGAGUGAAUUGUCUACAGCACAAACCCCAACGCCCAACGCCCACCCGAAUGCAGCAAAUGUUACGCUAGCAACGUCAAACCGCGCGCGCGUGUGUGUGUGUGCGUCCGGUACGCCUGGAGGGAUAGGUGUAGACGCGCAAAAAAAAAAUAAAAGAAGCGCACCAAGGACACCGUAAGGAAGAUGGACAGCUCGCCGGACCUGUCACUCAAGCUGCGGCGCGGCUCGAGCGAUUCGCGCGAAUCGUUCUACAUGGACUUUGCCCAGGGCAUCGACUCCGACAUCGAGGACGUGGUGACGAUGGCAUCCGGUGGUGCCGGAGGCCUUCCUUCCCCUUGCACGCUCCCGCCUGCCGCCCCGCUGGUGGCGGAAGUGGUGACGAUACAGCCGGCCGGGUCGGCCGUCCCCAGCCAGACCGGCGUCAUUCUCGAGGAGGAAGAUGCUCUCAUCGAGGAGGAGGAGGAGGAAGAGGAGGAGGAGGAAGAAGAAGAAGAGGAGCAGGAGAAGAACAAGCGGGAGAACGGGGAGCAGCCCCAACCGGCCACGGCUGCAGACGAGGAGCAGCUGGGGGAGCAGGACGCGGGCGACAGUGGAGAGUACGAGCUGCCACCACCGAUGUCCUCCUUUCCUUCGCCCAUCCACAGUCCGGCCAGUUUGCUGCCGCCCCUGUCCGUGCUCAACAUCGACAUUGAAAGGGAUGCUGGUCUGUCGCUGCAACCCAUCAUGCCAUCGCCCUCGGUGUCCCAGAACGCGAUCGUUUCGCCGGAAACGUUCAGCACCCACACCUCGCCCGCACCUUCCCUGCACAAACUGCCCACUGGGCGGCCGACCAGCCCACGGCAUCCAGCCACCCCGCCGCUAGUGCAUCCGCCGGCCGUACUGACGGCCGGCGCGGACUAUCCUUCCCUGUCCUCGGUCCACCAGGAGCACGGUACCACCGAUGGGGACGGUUCGCGCAACGGCUCCUCGUUGGGCAUGCAAAGCAAAACCCAGCUCGGGUCGUCCUCCACCUCCUCCUCCACCGCGAUCCAGUCCCGCCCACUCCACACACCUACUGCAAGUGCCAAAGCGAUCGAUAUGGUAGCGGCGGGGUGCCCACCUCCAGCAGCCACCUCGGCACUGCUCGUUACGCUGCCGCUCGCCGGGCCAGUGUCGGGGGCGGGGGGCGAGUCGGUGCUCUCCGCAAGCAACCGGUCACCCCAUCAACUCUCCCAGCAGUCGCUCGCGACGCCGGGCAGUGGAGCCGCCAGCCAGACCACCACCACGCAUCAGCACUUGUCCGUACUGUACCACUCCCACCAUCAUCAUCUCCAUCCGAUACUGACGACGAAUCGGCGUCCGUCGCGCCUGCCCGAACCGGUCUACUAUCCCACGCCGCGCGAAGUGAAACCCGGUGAAGCCCUCGCGACGACCCUGUCGGCCCUGUAUGGUAAGCUGCUCGUGGUGAUGGGUAUCGCAUUCCCGAUGGCGGAAGUUAUCUCCACCUACAUUCCACCUUCCUUCUAUGAGGUGAGGCCCUUUCGCCGUUGCUUUUUUUUAGCUGAUAACUCUCCUUUGCGGAAUACAUUGCCUGAUUCUGUGUGUUUCCAGGGCUUCUAUUUAUACCUGUACAUCGGCAGCAUGGUGUUCCUGCUCUUCAUGUACACAACACUGCUCUGGGGAAAGCCUAAAAUGCCACCCGUCUCACCGAUCAAGAAGCAAACGCUUGCCAGCACGAAGAAGGUAAUGCACCGUACCAGCACGACCUGCUCGACGGACAGCGGCGAACAGUCGGACAGUGAGGACGAAACCAUCAGCUCCAGCCCGAAGGUGCCGGUGCAGGCACGCCGGAUGUCACUGUCGGCCGGUGCCGCCUCACGGUUGCAGCACUUUGGCAGCUUCUAUCUGCGCAUGGGUGCGGUCGCGUUCGGCAUCGGCAGCAUGAUCUACUCCGGAUUGGAAUUCGGGCAAUACUUUGAGCUGGAGCGCAACACCAAGUGCCACAACGUGCUGCUCGCACUGACGCCGGCCACCCGGAUGGCCUUCAUCUUCAUACAGAUGUAUUUUAUUUUUCUAAACAACGAGCAAAUCAAGGUGUACCGGCACAAGAUCGUGGCGCGGUUCGGGCUGAUGCACAUGAUCGGCACCAACCUGUCCGUUUGGUUCUCGGUGCUGAUACAGGAGACGAAGCACGAGAUCUUGACGUUCUACAAUCCGGAAAACCGCACGUUGCGCAUUUCCCACCGGCUGGGCAACAAGAUGAUGCCCCACCCGGUGGAAACCGUCGCCCAUCUGCGGGUGGCCCGCGGGCUCAAGGGCCCGCACAACAUCUUCGAGUGCCGGCGGUCGAACAUCAUCGGCACGCUGGUGCAGGACGCGUCCCCGUUUCUGUUUCCCUGCACCAUCGAGUACUCGCUGAUCUGUGCCGCCAUCCUGUACGUGAUGUGGCGCAGCAUCAGCCGGCCGCAGAACGAGCAGCCGCAGCGCCAGGAAAGCCUGCACCCGCUCAAACGCUCCCCCCACCACUACUCGGUCGACUGUGCCGGCGCUCACAAGGGCCUGUUCAUCGGCAUCCUCAUCCUGGUGCUGACCAUCAUCUCGCUCAUCCUGUUCUUCGUGCUGAUUUCGCGCCCCGAGUUCGUCAGCCUCGCCGUCACGGAGGUGAACAUCUGCGAGCUGACGCUGUACGGCACGACGACGGCCGCCACGCUGAUCGGCAUGUUUCAGGUGCGCCACAUGCAGUACGACGCGUUCCGCAGCUUCAGCCUGGACGACAUCCUGCUCGUCGGGGGCCAGACCGGCUCGUUCCUCUACAGCACGUUCACCGUGAUCGGGGGCCACUUUACGAUGCGGCGCGACACGGUGCUGGUGCUGAUCACGGCCCUCGCCUCGCUGGUCGAGACCGCCUGCCAGACGAUGUUCAUACUGGACGCGAGCCGCCGGUCCGCCGCCACCCAGGAGCACAUCCGCAAGAAGCCGGGCCGCGAGAUCGUCACCUUUCUGCUGGUGAGCAAUCUGGCGAUGUGGGCGAUCAACACGCUCGAGAAGAGCCGGGCCGAGUCGCACCCGAUCCAGCUGCACUUUUACGGGCUGUGGGCGUGGACGAUCAUCACGCACGUGUCGAUGCCGCUCGCGAUCUUCUACCGGUUCCACAGCACCGUCUGCCUGUGCGAGAUCUGGAAGCGUGCGUACAAGAUGAAGCCGGCGUACAUGUAGGGUCGCUCGAGCGCCUGGCCCUGCCCGACACGCGUGCCGCGGCUCUGCGCCAGGCGUCCGGACGGCCCGCCCGGUGGCGGGGAGCCGGCUGCCGGGCCCGGCGGUGAGGUGCCGCCGUCCACCACGGCCAAGGUGCGGCUGGAGCAGCCCGCCCCGAUCGAUCUGCACGCGUACCUACGCGCCUAGAGCAGCAGCAGCGGCCAAAACAGACCAUCCGGAGGGGGUGACUAGAUUUUACAAGCAGCCAUUGCAUUACAUUCAAUCGUGCAUUUUGUAAUCCGCUUACUUCAUACUCACGCGUAAUGGGGAGGGUUUUUUUCCUCGCGAAUAAUUAAACAAAAAACAUAACUAGGACCAUGCUGAAACGUGGCGAUCAUUGUGCAGCGCUGCACAAGCACAAUCUUUUUUGAAAAACAACCACGCACCUCAGCAGGAUUUUGCUUUGCUAUUUUAAUGCAUUUGAACGAUCAGCGCUUGGAGCUCGGUCGUUGCUCUGAACAAGGAUUGAAAGGAGGACAGUGACGCGGAGUACGCACACCGUGUACUGCCGACAUACUAGAGCACACACCCCACCGAUGUUUCUUCAAAGACAAAAAGCAACGAACAAAUAGCAACCAACCAAAGUACGUGUGUCGAACCGCGUGCCCUAACGUGCCAUCGAUCGAGACCAGUUUUUUUAAGUUCAGCAAGUUGAACGCUCAGGAAGAGAGUGGUUUUUUAUAGUGCCAUUUUUUAGAGACAUUUUUUCCACACCACACACACAUACCCACACCCACAUACGACAUUUUGGAAGGAGCAUUUUUUAUACUAGCGACGAAUAGUUGGGGCGGGAGUUUUUGGAAAACACCCUAAUGGGUCAUUUUGAGGAAUCGGGUCUAUGCCGAGAAGCGUUCAUACCUUCUCAUCUCGAACUUUUGAUUUGUGUGUGUGUCUGUUGGAAGAGCUAUUAAACGGAAGAAGGUGUAUGUUGAAACAAAAACAUUAACAAAAAAACUAACAAAGAAAACAUAUUCAACCAAAAACUCAAACAAAAACUACCACGUCACAUCCAUGCUCUACAGCCGUCUAUAUAAAUGUAUUUGUAGUGCCAAACGAAAUCGCAUAUUGUCCAACACGUAACACAGAAAGCGCGUACUCAAACUCAGUGUCAAAACAACAACAACAACAACCACAACAAAAUCAAAAAAGCAAAUCGUGAGAAAUAAUCAACUAUAUUAUACAUUUAAAAAAACGAUUAAAGUAUCCGCGCGUCCGUGGAUGUAUUAUUAUGUAAGCGCGGUGUAACUAUGGUAACUUCCAGCCAAGGCGAUACAGAUUUUGCGCGAGGACGUUUUUUACUAAAUAAUAAGAGCGUAACGACACGAAAACAACUUUUUACCGUUUUUUUAUUUAUACACAAAAUCAAGGUAUUUACAUAGGUCAGGUUUUACAAGAUUAAAUUGUUGCGAUAGAAAGAGAGAGAUAGAGAGAGAGAAAGCGAGAAGGAGGGAGAGAAAUUGUUUUUGAUUUUUAGUGGUUUUUUUGUGUUUUCUUUUACUCUGCGCUUAGCCGUAAGCGACGAACCGUAGUACCAACAGUAGCGGUAGGAAAAUUAAAUGCCACCAGCCGCCGGCGAUUAAUAAUCGAUUGCAAAUUUCUCUCCAACAAUAAAAUUUAAAAUAAAAAAAAAAACGAAUACGGCCACAGUAGCACCGAUCGCAAAUCGACCGGUUAGUUGCGUGUUCCCGCGACAGUAGCUUAGGAAUAGGCUGGCAACUAACCGAGACGGUGCACGAUUUUAGACGCGUGUUUCGUGUAUGGACGUGUUUUAGUGCAAAAUCGACGUAAAAAAAAGAUAUAGCUACACACACACAUGUCUCGUCUCCGCGCUGACUCGGAAAAUGCUGACAUUUUUGCGAGCUGAGAUCAUCGUGAGGGAAAACCCGCUCCCCGUCUCGGGGGGGCAGAUGAUCGUGUCUUCGUUCUGGUCGGAGCGUUCGCGUAGAUUAUUAGAUCAUAUUCCUUCUUUAGGUUCUAUUUCUCGAGCAAGAUUGAAAGGAAAAGUGCAAUCCUUUGUGUUGCUAGUGGUGCGUAGCUGUAGUCGGAUUGUAAACCAACAAAGAAAAAAAAACAAAAAAAAACAAAAAUCGCCACGAAAACCAAACGCUUAUUUAAGUACGUGUAGAGAGAGAGAGAGAGAGCAUUCUGAUCAAAGUACAUAAUCUCUUCUCGCGCUGCAUGCAAACAUCGUGUCCGGUACGCGUGUCUCUUCUACUAGCCAUUUUUUAAACACUAUUACUCGUUGUCACAACACGGUCUACCCUCCAGACUGGGGCCGUCCUUACUGCUGUUUACACUCUUCUUUUGCUCGUUUGCUGCUAAACCGGCAACCCCGUAUCUAGCCGUCGUACUGUUCUGCUCCAUAUCGCUCAUGCUAUUCUAUCUGUCAUAACGUCAUUUUACCCGAUGUUUGUAUACCAAACCUAUCCUGACAACAGCAACAACAACAAAACAAGCUAAAAUCAAAGACUCUCCCGUGUAGCUGGUAAGAUUAACGUGUAAGAAACCCUGGAAAGAUGUUAACGUGUUUUAUUGGUUGCGUUUUUGAGUCUGGAAAAUUUAUUGCAAUUCCCGAUCGCUCGCAGGAGAAGGGUAGGAAGUUUUAUUGGUGAAGGGUAGAGAGCGGGGAGGGGGGGGGGGGGAUAUGCGAUGGGAUUGGAGUUGCUGUAUUUGUGGAUUGGUUAGAUCGUUCCGUUUGAUUGACCAGCUGUUCGUUAGAUAUUCGCGUUUUGGUUUUCCAUUUGCGGGAUGAUGGAAAUCACUAAGUUGUGCCAAUUAUUGUACAUGUAAACAAAUUCACACACACUCACAUACACAAACACACAUACACACACAGUUACACAGUGUAAUGUAAAGUUGAGUUUGCUUGGGGAAAGAAAUUGCGCGGCAGUCAGUCAGAAUUGGGCGUUUCGUGUGGGGUGGGUCAAUUAGGCUUCAAUGUUCUUUUAUAUCUAUGUACUGCGUAUGUUAUUGGGCUUAUCUUAAGAAGAAGAAGAAAAAAAACCGGGGGGCAAACGAAAAUACGAACGAUGCGAUGUUCUGUAGAAAAUAUUACCGAAUCAAAAACCAAAAGAUCAACCCACACAAAAAACGCUGAAGAAGUUAUCAAAAAUCGUAAUACACUCCAGUUCAACGUCGACCAUUUGGAUUUACAAAUAAACUGAACAAAAAAAAACUUAUCGUAAUGAAAAUGA